UUUUUAGAUUCAUUUACAGAAGAUGAGAACAAAGAAGUACAAGGUCUUUUCGAAGCCUAUAGAAGGGAUGUCCGAGGAGAAAGUGGCAUCCUUUCAAAAAUCUUGAACCCGAACACAAACUUGGGUUUUGAGAAGGGCUACAACUAUGCACAUUUAGACCAGGUUUCUGCGUGGAUUGUGAAGAAGUAUGUUUCUAGAGUUGAAGUCGCAAUGCCUUGGGAAAAAUGGGAUACAACAUCAAAGGUUAUUAAGGAUGGACACUACAUGAUUUUGGAGAACCAGAUCUCUAUCCUAAAAGCCUUGUUUUCCAAGUACACAGAUUUCAGUAUUGGAUCAAGACUUGGUACAAAGGCAACGAUGUUAUUCGUAAUGACAGUAUGUGAAGCCAUACACAACAUGUGCAACACUAAGGUCAUGGACAUAACUACAAGUCUACUUUUGACUUGGUUUCACUCCUUUGCUGUUGCUCAAUAUGCAAACUUCGAAAUUCUUUUUGUCACUGAUCAUUUGACAAAACUGGUGCGUGCUCAUGUUGGUUUCCAAGUUGGUCAUGAUGUUCUUGUAGACCUUAACCUUGCCGAAUACAUUGCCCAGAUCACAAAGCAACACGAGGGCAUAGAUUCUAAAGAUAUUGCCAUCAUUGAAGAAGAUGAAGAAAGCGUAGAUUCUGAAGAACUCACCAUUAUUGAAGAAGACGAAGAAAUUGUAGAUUCUAAAGAACUCGCCAUUAUUGAAGAAGAUAAAGAAACGGUAGAUUCUGAAGAGCUCGCCAUUAUUGAAGAUAAAGAAACUCAUUAUCUCAGGGAGAAGGUAGAUUCUAUGCAACUAACCAUUAUCAAACUGGAUGAAGCUAUUAAAGAUCUUGAAAAGAAGAAACAAGCACUUUUGAAGAAACGCGAGGAUUGGUGCAUAAGAAAGGAGUGCUUGAUUGAUGCUUUAGAACUCAAGGGACAGAUGGCAGGCACAAGCUUGUUGUGAUGUGCAACAAAGGGUCUACUAUUACUAGCAACUACAUUAUUGCAGUAGUUUUGUGGUCCGUGGUUUUUAUGUUGAUUUUGACCAUGUCAUUUGAUAGGAAUUAUUGAUGUAUUUGGAGAUAAUGCUAGUUGUGAGAGGUGAGCGCCUGUUUUCCCCUCGUUAAUAACCAGUGCCUAUUUAUAACAGUUGCGGUCUAUUCA